AUGGUUCUGCAAGUCCCUCUGUUUAAGCUCCAAUGCGGAGUGAACUCGUAUGAAUGGGGCAAGAAGGGAGAGGAAUCAGCAGCUGCGCGCUUUGCUGCCACGACGCCCUCGGAGGGUUUUAGCAUCCAGUCGGAGAAGCCGUACGCAGAGCUCUGGAUGGGUACCCACCCCUCGAAUCCCUCCAAAGAGGUGCAGUCCGGCCGAACCCUCCUCGAGCUUGUUCAGGACAACCAACAGCUCCUGUCCUCACCGGUAGCCUCCAAAUACGGCUCCAAACUACCCUUUCUCUUCAAGGUUCUCUCCAUCAACAAGGCCCUCUCCAUACAGGCCCAUCCCAACAAGAAGCUCGCCGAGCAGCUUCACGCCAGCGACCCCAAGAACUACCCCGAUGACAACCACAAGCCCGAGAUGGCGAUUGCCAUCACCUCAUUCGAGGGGCUCUGCGGAUUCCGCCCGCUCGCCGAGAUCUCCCACUUCCUGACCACCAUCCCGCCCCUCAAGAGCCUGGUCGUCGACAACAAGGCCGACGAGUUCAUCAACACGGUCAAGGGAGAGGAGGAAAGUGAAGACCCCGAAACCAAAGACCGGAACAAGAAGGCUCUGCAGCACAUUUUUGCUUCGCUGCUGUCCGCUACGCCCGACGAGAUCGAGAAGCAAACGGAGAAGCUCGUCGCCCUCGCCAAGUCGGAGGGCAGCGACUUUGCCGCCGGCGGCAUCAGCACGACCGACGGCGAAACCCUCUCGGAGCUAGUACUCCGCAACCACAGCUCCUUUGGCGCGGACAUUGGUCUGUUUGUCCUCUUCUUCCUCAACUUCGUCAAGAUGGAACCCGGCGAGGCCAUGUUCCUCCGCGCCGACGACAUUCAUGCCUAUCUCUCGGGUGACAUCAUCGAGUGCAUGGCCGCCUCGGACAACGUCGUCCGUGCCGGCUUCACGCCCAAGUUCAAGGACGUGACCACCCUUGUCGACAUGCUCACCUAUAACUACGCCCCCAUUGACGAGCAGAAGAUGUCUCCCACCGAGUACCCCUAUGCCACCCUCAACCGCGCCGCCUACAGCUCCGGUUCCGCCGUGAUGCUGUACGACCCUCCCAUCGAAGAAUUCAGCGUCGUUCGCUCGCUGCUGAGGGGGCAUGGCUCCAAGGUCACUUUCGAACCGAUCGAGGGUCCCAGCAUCGUGCUCUGCACGUCAGGCAAGGGCACCAUAGCGGUUGGCCCGACCGUGCACAAGAUGAGCGAGGGAAAUGUCUUUUUCGUCGGUUCCACGGCCGAGUUGGUGCUGCAGUCCGAUGUCGACGAGGAUGAUGAGUUUGUCACGUUCAAGGCGUUUUGCGAGGUUGAGGAAAAGGCCGAGGGGAAAUUGUAA